AUGGUGAUGGAGGAGGUGCUGCAGCUGGAGAGCGCGGAGCUCGCCAGGCUGCUCCGAGAGCCCGAGGAAGCCGGGCGCACGCUGGUGCUGGACUGCCGGCCCUUCCUCGCCUUCUGCCAGGCUCACCUGCGGGACUCGCGCCCGGUGCGCUGGAACGGGCUGCUGCGCCGCAGAUCCCGCGGCAGAGCCGGCGUCAGCCUGGACUGGCUCGUCCCGGACAGGGCGCUGCUGGGGCGGCUCCGCAGAGGCGAGCUGUCCCGCCUGGUGGUGCUGGACGAGGCCAGCGGCUCCGUGCUGGCUCUGCGGGCCGACAGCCUGGCCAGACUGCUGCUCAACUCCCUGCUGCUGGAAGCGAGAGCCAGGCCCACGCUCAUCUACCUGCUCCGAGGGGGGUUUGAUGGUUUCCAAGCCCGCUUUCCAGAACUGUGCUCUGAGCCACCGCCUCCUCCUGCCUCCUUGCCAGCCCUGAUAGACCCCAAAGACGACAGUAACACCAGGACCAUGACUCCUUUCUACGAUCAGGGUGGCCCUGUGGAGAUCUUGCCAUUCCUCUAUUUGGGCAGCUGCUACCACUCCUCCAACAAGCAGGUGCUGGAGUCCUUGGGCAUCACAGCCGUGCUCAAUGUCUCUGCCAGCUGCCCCAACCAUUUUGAAGGGCAGUUUCGUUACAAGAGCAUCCCUGUGGAGGACAACCACAUGGCCGAGAUCAGCAUCUGGUUCCAGGAGGCCAUUGGCUUUAUUGAUUCUGUGAAGAGCAGCGGUGGGCGAGUGCUAGUCCACUGCCAGGCUGGCAUCUCCCGCUCGGCCACCAUCUGCCUGGCCUACCUGAUCCAGACCCAGCGGGUGCGCCUGGAAGAAGCCUUCGACUUCGUCAAGCAGCGCCGCGGGGUCAUCUCGCCCAAUUUUGGCUUCAUGGGACAGCUUCUGCAGUUCGAGACAGAGGUGCUGUGCCAUUAG